AGAGAGAGAAGGGGGCGGAGGGAGGGAUGGAGCGAGCGAGCGAGUGAGAGAGAAAGGGGGAGGGGGCGCUCGCUCGCUCGCUCUCGAUCUCUCUGGGAGUGGAGAGAGCGCGAUUUCGCUCCCAAACUCCGAGCUGCUGGUCUGGACUCUUUGCUGCGGGUCUUGCACUAGCUGGAGAGCCAGCCCGAGCCCCGGCCCGCGGGCGCGCACUGGGGCUGCGCUCCAGCUCUCUCUCUCUCCUCCGGCAGCCGGUGCCGAGCCGAGCCGAGCCCCAGCGAGCCGAGCCCCAGCGAGCCGAGGCUAGCCUAGCCGAGCCAGGUGUCGCUGCGCCGCCUCCCCUCCGGUUUUCAGCCAAGCUUCCCGGGGUCCGUUCCCUCCCGCGGCGGCGGCGGCGGCAGCUGCAGGCGCAGGGCCGGCCAGGGGUGGGCAGCGAGGGCAAGGAUGGGGGAGCCCCGGCGGCGCCCGGCGGCGCCCGCCCUGCCCGCGUCCCUCGGCGCCUCGGCGGCCGGCUGCGGGCGGCGGGAGAACGCCUGAGCCGGAUGGAGCGGGGCGCCUCGGCCGCCGCCGCCACCGCCUCCUCCUCGUCCUCGUCCUCGUCCUCCUCGUCCUCUUCCUCCUUCUCCUCGUCCUCCUCCCCGGGGCCACCAUGCGAGCCAUGAACUGCCCGCGGGUCUGCCUUCUGCUCGCUGAGCUCCUGGACCUGGCGCUGGGCCUUCCCAACCUAUCGGGUGUUCCUCAUUCAGCCCACUGUCACAUGAGUUAAUAUCUGGAAAGAGGUUUGGGAAUUCUAAGGCUACCUGACUGUCAGCAUCGAGCCCCUUCCUCCAGUUGUGGUUGGAGAUGCUGUGACAUUGAAAUGUAACUUCAAGACGGAUGGCCGGAUGCGAGAGAUCGUCUGGUACCGGGUAACAGACGGUGGGACCAUCAAGCAAAAGAUCUUCACAUUUGAUGCCAUGUUCUCCACCAACUCUUCCCACAUGGAGAAUUACCGGAAGAGGGAAGACCUUGUCUAUCAGUCCACUGUGAGGCUGCCGGAGGUCCGGAUCUCAGACAACGGGCCCUACGAGUGCCACGUGGGAAUCUAUGACCGAGCCACGAGGGAGAAGGUGGUCCUGGCAUCAGGCAACAUCUUCCUCAACGUCAUGUCCCCUCCCACUUCCAUUGCCGUUGUGGCUGCUGACACACCUGCCCCGUUUAGCCGCUACCAGGCUCAGAACUUCACCCUGGUCUGCAUUGUGUCAGGAGGGAAGCCAGCCCCUGUGGUUUACUUCAAGAGAGAUGGUGAGCCCAUUGAAGCUGUGUCCCUGUCCGAACCUGCAGUUGGGACAGCUGCCCUCCAGGAUAGCCGGGCGUUUCGCAGCCUGCUGCAUCGAGACCUGGAUGACACUAAGAUGCAGAAAUCCCUCUCCCUGCUGGAUGCUGAGGGCAGGGGUGGGCAUCCCUACACCGAGGGGCCCUUCCGGGGCCUGACCCCAGACCCAAGCCUUGUCCUCCAACCUACAACUGAGAACAUCCCAGAGACUGUGGUGAGCCGGGAGUUCCCCCGUUGGGUCCACAGUGCAGAGCCUGUCUAUUUCCUGCGUCACAGCCGCGCCCCGGGCAGCGACGGCACUGUGGAAGUGCGGGCCCUUCUCACCUGGACCCUCAACCCUCAGGUGGACAAUGAGGCCCUCUUCAGCUGUGAGGUCAAGCACCCGGCUCUCUCCAUGCCUAUGCAGGCAGAAGUCACACUGGUUGCCCCCAAAGGUCCCAAAAUCAUGAUGACGCCCACCAGAGCACGAGUGGGAGAUACCGUGAGGAUCCUGGUCCACGGCUUUCAGAAUGAAGUCUUCCCUGAGCCCCUGUUCACGUGGACCCGAGUGGGCAGCCGCCUCCUGGACGGCAGUACAGAACACGACGGGAAGGAACUGGUGCUGGAGAGAGUGCCCGCCGAGCUCAAUGGCUCCAUGUACCGAUGCACGGCCCAGAACCCCCUGGGUUCCACCGACACCCACACCCGCCUCAUCGUAUUUGAAAACCCAAAUAUUCCCAGAGGAACAGAAGACUCCAAUGGUUCGGCUCCGAGCCCCGUUGGUGCCAGACUGACUUGGGUGUUCGCCCUAACAGUGAUCCUUGAGUUGACGUGAAAGCCCGAGACCCCUCUCCUCUCGGUGGCUCCAUCCGCCAUCCACAUCUCCGUCCAUCGGUCGGGUUUCAUUUCUUUUCUAAAACUAUUUCCAAGUCUUGUUCUCGGUCUCUUUCUGUCUGUGUCUUGGCUUCCUCAGUCAGUUUAAUUAAAACAAACGAAACCA